AGCUUUUCCCUCCUGGAGGUUAGAGGUAUGCUGUGACCACUUCAUAAUAUAAGCUUACACCACUGUGUUGCUCAUCGGGAUCCGCAAAGAGGCCCGGUCCCAAGUGCUUCACCUCUCCAGGAACAAGCGCUACACCCUCACCCCGGAGCAGCUCAAAUGGGACAAGUUCAAGCUAACAUACAAGUAUUCAUUUGCAAUUCGUCCUCUAGUCAACACAACAGCAAAGUACAGUUGUAGAAAAUGGAAGAUAAAAAAAAAUAGCUGAAAGACAGCAUAGUGAGGUAGACUGGUGUUGGUUUUGGCAGGAAAACAGAUUUUUUUCAGUUGAAGUAGGCAUUAUCAAAUGAAAUCAGGAAUUUUUUUACCCCAACUGGAAGAGCUUAGUCAAUAUCUUUUCACCUCACGUCAGUCAAAACGUCCAUUUAAGGUUGUAGGGUCACUUACAGAACUCUCUGCUUGCAUUUGUCAGAGGGGAAAAUAAAGUAGUAUAUGGAGGACUCUUGCACCCACACUGCAAUUGAUUGGUUCCAAAAAAAUUGGAUUGUGCUGCACUAACUGUUUGGAGAAGAUCCAAUGACACUUUGUUCACUCUGGAAUUGUGCAAAGAUGAUCCCAUUAAGUCCUUUAAAAGAAGAUUGGAUUUAACCAAAGAUGUGUGAUCGCUGGGUUUUGGUGAACAAACUUUAGUGGACAGUGGACCAAAAUAUUAGCCAAAUUUCAGUCAUUCCUGAGUUAGUAAAACAACAUCUCCAUCUCUUCCAUAUUGACAGUGGAUGUUACCGACUGAUCACUAUCUGAUUCGUAUUAAAAGUAUCCAUAUCGGUCUAAGCCUAGCCGAGAUAUAAGAGAAUAUCAAGUAAUGGAGCUGUUUGCAGUGCUUGUGGGAAUUCUGUCUGAACAGUAGCCAUUGUGUUUUGGCAGAUUCCUUUGCUGUGGAAGAAUGUGUGUAACAGCCAGUAAUAACCACAUAAUGCUGUUGUUUCUGAGCAGGUUGCUCUCCUACCCUACAAACUUGAUAAAUGCCAGUGACACGCGUCGAGGCAUCGCCAAGGCUUUUGGCAUGUGGAGCGACGUCUCACCUUUCAGCUUCAGAGAGGUGCCAGCUGACCAAGAAGCGGCCAUUAAGAUCGGCUUCUACCCCAUCAACCACACGGACUGUCUGCAGUCCUACUUGCACCAUUGUUUCGACGGCAUCACAGGAGAAUUGGCUCAUGCUUUCUUCCCGCCAACUGGCGAGAUUCACUUCGACGACCACGAAUACUGGAUUCUGGGAAACAUGCGCUUUAGCUGGAAGAAAGGGGUUUGGCUGACGGAUCUUGUCCAUGUGGCAACUCACGAAAUCGGCCACGUCCUGGGACUCAUGCACUCCUUGGACCCGAAAGCCAUAAUGCACCUGAAUGCAACUCUGACGGGGCGCAAACUGAUCACACAGGAUGAUGUGUGGGGUUUGCACCGUCUCUACGGAUGUUUGGACCGCUUAUUUAUCUGUCCGGCCUGGGCUCGGAAAGGCUAUUGCGACAGCAAGCGUAAACUGAUGCAGAAGCACUGCCCCUCCAGCUGUGAUUUCUGUUACGAAUUUCCUUUCCCCACUGUGGCUCCCACCGCGACACCCCCGAGGACCAAGCACAAGCUGGUCGUCGAGGGCAAGAAGCUCACUUUUCGAUGUGGGAAGAAAAUAGCAUCGAAGAAAGGCAAAGUAUACUGGUACAAGGACGGCGAGCUGCUGGAGUUCUCUCACCCAAACUACAUCUCCCUGAAAGAUGACCACAUUACCAUAGUGGCCAACGCCAUCAACGAAGGCACGUACACCUGCAUCGUGAAGAAAAAAGACAAAGUUCUAACAAACUACUCCUGGAGAGUGCGUGUGCGCUUCUGAAGGCUUCCGCACAAUGAACAGGACGCAUUUACACACAUACGCUCACAAGAACACCUCAUUCACCAUGGGCACAUAUUUCUUUUUUUUUUUUUAAACUGUCUUUCCUUGUAUCUUCCGCAAACAACUGUCUAUCGUUGAUUGUAACUGUGUAAAUGCGUUUUUAAUAGGUGCAAAUAAAUGUUACGUGACAAGUA